GCGAGUGGUGCCGGACCGGAAGUGGUGCCGGGAAGAUGGCGGAGUCCGGGGUGUGGGAGAGUUUGCCGGUCCGGCUGCACCCGCUGGUCCUGGAGACGCUGCGGCGGCUGCGGUUCCCCCGCAUGUGCCCGGUGCAGUCUGCAACGAUCCCUCUGUUUAUGAACAACAAAGAUGUGGCGGUAGAAGCUGUGACCGGCAGUGGGAAAACCUUGGCCUUUGUCAUUCCGAUUUUGGAAAUCCUUUUAAAGCGGGAGGAGAGGUUAAAGAAGCUGCAGGUUGGGGCGCUCAUUGUCACUCCAACCCGGGAGCUCGCUAUCCAGAUUGAUGAGGUGCUCAAACAGUUCAUGGUGCACUUCCCACAGUUCAGUCAGAUUCUCUUCAUUGGUGGAAGGAAUCCAAUAGAAGAUGUUGAGAGGUUCAAGGAACAUGGAGGGAACAUUGUGGUGGGCACCCCUGGCCGGUUGGAAGAUAUGUUCAGACGGCGGGCAGACGGUCUGGAUCUCGCCAGCUGUGUGAAGAGCCUGGACGUCUUGGUGCUGGACGAGGCUGACCGGCUCCUCGAUUUGGGGUUUGAAGCAAGCUUGAACACCAUCCUGGGCUUUCUGCCGAAGCAGCGGAGAACUGGGCUCUUCUCCGCCACUCAGACCGAUGAGGUGGAGAACUUGGUGCGAGCAGGUCUGCGUAACCCCGUCCGCAUCACAGUGAAGGAGAAGGGAAUGACGGCAGACAGCACCCAAAAGACACCCAUCCGGCUGCACAACUGUUACAUGAUCUGUCGAGCAGACGAGAAGUUUAAUCAGUUAGUUGCCUUCCUCCGGAAGCAUAAAAAACAGAAACAUCUCGUCUUCUUCAGUACGUGUGCUUGUGUUGACUAUUAUGGGAAUGCACUGGACAAGGUGGUGAAGAACGUCCGAAUCAUGUGUAUCCAUGGGAAAAUGAAGCACAAACGUCAAAAUAUCUUCACAGAGUUUCGGCAGCUUGAAAGUGGUAUUUUGGUUUGCACGGAUGUCAUGGCUCGUGGUAUCGACAUCCCAGAGGUUGACUGGGUCCUGCAGUACGACCCUCCCAGCAGUGCCAGUGCCUUUGUCCAUCGCUGUGGACGAACAGCUCGCAUUGGUCACCAUGGCAAUGCUCUGGUGUUCCUACUUCCCAUGGAGACAACUUAUGUCAACUUCCUAUCCAUUAAUCAAAAGUGUCCAAUGGAGGAGAUGAAGCUGAUGAAGGAUUCUGUUGACGUGCUGCCGAACCUGAAGAAGUUGGCUUUAACUGACCGAGCUUUCUUCGAAAAAGGAAUGAAGGCCUUUGUGUCUUUCAUUCAGUCUUAUGCCAAACACGAGUGCAGCUUGAUAUUCCGGAUGAAAGAUCUGGAUUUUGCAGCAGUUGCCAGAGGCUUUGCUCUCCUUAAACUGCCCAAGAUGCCAGAGUUGAGAGGAAAAAGUUUUCCUGGUUUUAUUCCUGAGAAUAUCGACACUGAUUCCAUCCGGUACAAGGACAAGAACAGAGAGAAGCAGCGGCAGAAGUUGUUAACAGAGCAGGAGAAGCAGCAAACUGGAACAAAGAGGAAACUUGUGAAAAAUAAGCCCUGGUCAAAGCAGAAAACCAGGAGAGAGAAGAGGAGAAAGCAAGCGAUCAAACGGAAGGGAUCAGACAGGGAGGAAGAGGAUAUUGAUGAACUUCUCAAUGACACCAGAUUAUUAAAGAAGCUGAAGAAGGGGAAGAUCAGUGAGGAAGACUUUGAGAAGCAGCUGAUUGGGACGUGAAUUGUGGCUGAAGCAGAAAGUAGUCGGCCAUGUAAUAUUCUGUGAAUAAUUCCUCAGCACUUUGUUUUACUUUAAAACAUGCUACAUUAAAAUCCAGGUUUAAUAUAAAUUCCCUAUAAUAUUAGUGGGAGAAUCUAUUGAGGUGAGUUGUGGACAGUAGUAAAACCUGUUUGAUCUCAUCCCUUUGCUAUUUCCUGAAGAAUCAUUCUGGAAAAGUUAUUCGGCCCACCCUGUCCGUGCUGACUAGGGGCACCUCCCGUACUCGUCCAUCUCCAGCACCUGGCCUGUAGCCCUCCAUCCCUGGGCGAUUCAAGUGCUCAGCUCAACAUUUCUUAAAUACUGUCAGCAACUCUGCUUCCACCACUCUCUCAGGCAGUGUGUUCCAGGUACUUCCCACUCUCUGGGUGAAGAACAUCCCCUUCAGAUCCCCUCUCAAGUCUCUUCCCCCUUAGUCUAAAUCUGUGUCCUCUAAGUUUUAUCCACGUCUGAUGUAGGCAAAAGUUUCCUGCAAUCGACCCUAUCUAUACCCCUCAUAAUUUUAUAUCCCUCAGUC